AAAUGAACUAAUUCAGUUGCUAACGUUUACAGUUUUAGAUGGCGUCCUUGGCAACAGCAGAAGUGUGUGAUGUGAAUGCAGGGGAUCUGUCAAAUGGUGAUCUACGAGUUUUGCCACCAGUCUUCAAGAUAUAUGGUCAAUGCCGAGCUUUCUCAGGCCCCAUUACGACCCUUAAGGUAUUUGAGGACAAUGUGUUGGUUAGGGAGCUUCUUGAAACUAGAGGUGAAGGAAGAGUCCUUGUCAUAGAUGGUGGAGGGAGUAUGCGAUGUGCUUUGGUAGGAGGAAACUUGGGACAACUAGCCCAGAAUAUGGGCUGGGCAGGUAUUGUAGUUAAUGGCUGCAUUCGAGAUGUAGAUGAGAUUAACGGUUGUGAUAUUGGUGUUCGUGCAUUGGCAUCACACCCUCAGAAAUCGAACAAGAAAGGCCAAGGCGAAAAGCAUGUUCCUAUUUACAUUGGAGGUAUGCUGAUUCGCGAAGGAGAGUGGUUAUAUGCAGAUAGUGAUGGCAUCCUCAUAUCAAAAACCGAAUUAUCGAUCUAAUUUUGAGAACCAUCAAGUUAUCUGCUC